UUGAAAGGAAAGGUUCAUCUCAGCAUCUCCUUUUUCUUUUGUUUUCUUUCUCUUUCUGUUCACAAGUCACGAGCCACAGUUUAGUCUUUUGGUUUUUGAUAAGAAGACAUGUUAUUCUUGUUCUUUUGAAUGGAUCUAACGGUUUUUGUUUUGCUGUCAGUCUGCAGUCACCAGUUUGUCACGGAAACUACACAACCUCAGAUUAUUUGCUCUUCUGAGCCAGUACAAGCAGUAUACAGUGAACAUGUCCUCCUGCAGUGCUACCUUACGCCCCCACUGAACGCAGCAUCUGAGACAGUAAAGUGGACUCGUGGGAAUGACGUUGUAAUCCUUUGUCAAAAUGGAAAGUAUAAUCCUGGAGCACAGAGAGAGCAUUUUGAACCACGGACUGCUCUCUCCCUGGAGGCGUUAACCAAAGGAAAUCUGUCACUGAUGCUGUCCUCACUAAAACUCACUGACACCGGGAGAUACAAAUGCUCCUUGAUUACUGAAAAUCUGGAGAAAAGUUGCUAUGUUAACCUCACUGUUGGAGAGUCUGAUGUGAUUGGCUCAGAUGAACCAGUGAAAGCAAAUGUGGGUGAGGACGUCAUUCUGCCGUGUCACCUGGAGCCCCCAUUUAAUGUGUCGACUCUCACAGUGGAGUGGAAACGCAAUAAAACUUAUGUGCAUGUUUAUCGAAGUAUGAAACAUGAUCCAAAUCAGCAGAACACUCACUUUAUAAACAGAACAUAUCUCUUCUGUGACGAAAUCGGGAAAGGCAACAUUUCCUUAUUGCUGAGAAAUGUGAGCAAAGACGAUGAAGGGCUGUACAUCUGCUAUGUUCCCAAACUGCAUAGUCAAGUCAGAAAGGGGAAAAUUACACUAGAAGUUGAUGCAGAAAAACAUGAUACAAAACAGUUUAAUGGAUCAAGAAGACAAACUGGAGAGCAAAAUGAUCAUCCAAACAAUGAGCAAGUGGAACAGCAACAAGACAUUCCAUUGAGAGAAGAGCAAGAAGAGCCAAACCCUACAACUUGUCCAACAGCUUGGUUUCAUAGCAGAACAUAAAUUAAU